AUGGACUCAGAUGACUCCUCUUGCGUGAGACAACUUCCUACCGGCAAGAAACGGAUUCCGGUACGAUGUGACGGGAAACGACCCUGCUCGAGGUGCAAGCGAUCAUGCAAGCAAUGUAUCUUCUACGAAGCCCCUAAAGAUCCCACCACUGAGAGACUGGAGAACGUCGAAUCUGAAGUCCAGCGUCUCCGUGCACAGAUAGAGGCCAUGGGCGAGCUUCUUCUCAUGGAACAGCAUCGUGCAUACCCCGCCGAAGCAGCUUUCCCGGUUCCGAUUCAUACGGUUUCUGAUCCAGGAGGCAUGCCCAUGCUUUUCGCUGCGGCGACUUCUGCGCUCGAUCCCGACAGGGGAUCCGAGUUUCAUCCACAACGAGGACUGUCUGCUUCGUCGCAGAUUCCAUCAGCGAUGGACACGGAGACAGCUCGUCCAUUCAAGCGGAAGCGCCCUGGCUUUGAGGUUAAGGAAGAGCCCAUCUUGGACUUCAUAUCCAAGGGCUUAAUGACUGCUGAUCAAGCGGUAGCUUGUUUCAGAACGUUCUUCCAGGGCUGCGAUAGGUACAUCCCCAUCUUCGACCCGGAGGUCGACACCUUCACCUCGGUGCGCUCUCGCAGCAGCAUACUGCUGAACGCGCUUUGCACGAUUGGCAGCCGCGUGGAAAUGACCAAAGCGACGGGCCCCGCAUCUCAAGUUCCCGAUCUGCUGCAUGCCGAACUCAAGAAAUGCAUUGGCAUUGUGAUCCAAAACAAGAACCUGAACCGCCUGGAGUCGGUACAGGCGCUUCUGAUCGUCGCGUGCUACACCGCCGAACGCUCGCUGAUUCUAUCAUUUGCUGCCAGAAUGGCGUUGGACCUUGGUCUGGACGAAGCGUUCGAAGAGCUGAUUCAGCUACUAACAUUAAAGAGGACCAAUGACACGUCGAGAAGUACCGGUGAUAGCAUGGAAGCACAGGUGCGCUGUUUGGUGCAGAAGUCCAGGACAUGGUUUGGGCUCCUGGUACUGGAUCAUAUAUUCCACGUUGACGGUGGCAAGCCACCUGGGAUACGAAUGAUGGGGAAUGCUCAGCGAUGCCGGAUCCUGCUGCACCAUCCUUCGUCGACGGUAUUAGAUAUGCGUCUUUUCUCUCAGGUUGAGUUGAAUGUUAUUCGAGCCAACAUCAACGACACACUAGACGUCCGAGACCGUCUAACUCGAGAAGCAAUCGCCGAGUUUGUACACGAGGCCAAGGUCGAUCUUGAUCUCUGGUUUGAUGAUUGGCAGCGCAUCAUCGUCAACUCCCCGCCAGCCCAAGAAGAACGGCCAUUCCUCCUGGCCGCGCUGAGUGUCCAACACUGCUGGGCCGAGCUCAUCCUCCACUGCAAAGCGCUGCGCUCCAUGGGCGUGGAGAACGUAGCAGCCAUCACCCCCCUAGAGCGCAACAUCCUUCACCUCGCCAAAUCCGCCGCCCGCCAACACCUCCGCCUCAUCAGCCUCGAGCCCGCCUUCUACCUCGCCAAGCUCAAAUACGCCAUGGACUUCGUCUGGGCCAAAUGCGCCUUCUGCUUCCUGCUGCUGCUGAAACUCUCCCGCCUGCUCCCCGAGCCGCGGGACGAGCACCAGGAGCUGCUGGAGCUCGGAAACAAGCUCCUGUGGGAGUUGACCCGGUCGGCUGAGGGCGGGGAGACAUCGGCUGGUCUGGCAUCAGCAUCAGCAACAGGUGCAGGGAUGGGGAAUGUCUACAUGCAUAUCCUUCGCUUAAGCAUCGAGAAGUACAGCCGUAUAUUUCAGGGACAGGAGCGGGAACGAGCGGGGGUUUUUGGUGGAGAGCACAGCGGCGGCGGCAGCAGCAGUAACAGCAACAGCACCGCCGCCGAACAAACCACUUCUUACUUCUGGGAUCUGUUCGAUGCGCAGGUUGAUCUGCAGUCGUUCGUUCCCGAGCAGUUCGUGCGUGACUGGGAUUUCCCCGGGCUGAACCUGUUCUAUUUCCCGACGGCGUGGCAGGAUUUCUUUGGGGACUUUUCGUUGGGGUUUGGAAGCUGA